CCCACAAAAUCAACAUUUCAACCCGCCUUCUCAGUCAUUUGCAACCUAACAAAUCAAAAGAAAGCAACAAUACACCAUGUCGCUUAUUCAUGUCGUUCUCUUUCAGAUGCAGGCAGACGCCAAACCCGAGGAUGUCAAGGCUGCUUGCGACAGAUUCCUGGCCCUCAAGGAUACGUGCAUCCACCCAACCGCACAAACCCCUUACAUCAAGUCUGUGACUGGUGGUAAGGACAACUCGCCCGAAGGGCUCCAGAAUGGCAUCACGCAUGGCUUCGUCGUCGAGUUUGCCUCGGCCGAGGACAGGGAUUACUACGUCUCGACGGACCCUUCGCAUCUGGCAUUUGUCGCUAGCAUCGGUGAUGUAGUGGAGAAGGCGAUUGUCGUUGACUAUAACGCCAACGUCUAUUGAAAUCAGGGGGUUUUAUGUAUGACUCGUUGAGACACCGAGAGUCGCUUUCGAACAGAGCAGUACAAAGCUUGAGGGUUCAUUUCAGCCUCUGCAGGGGCACGAGGGGACUUUCCAUAGGCUUGGCCGGUUUCGUGGUGUCGGGCGAGGAGGCAUUUUUUUGGGUACAAGUACCUAAUAUGAGUGAAAAUGAAUGAAGACAAGUAGCGUUCGGGGUUCGAUAAUUAUGUUGUGGCAAUGUUGGGUUUGUUUGCACAUCUACUCUGAUUGUAAUUGCAUGCCCCGUUCAGCUGGUA